CCUCGCCUGCUCCCCCGCUCCCCCUCCGGCACUUGGGUAGAGCAGCCGGGGCAAGUCGUGGAGAAGUCUCGGGUACUUUUAAGGGGACAUUUUCCUCCAUCUCCGUCCACCGCACCGACUGUCUGUCCCUCCCUCCCCUCCACUCUCAACCAUGGGAUUUAUGGGUCUCGGCUCGGCGGUUCUGUUUCUCGCCUCCUUGGUCGCUCUCCUCGGCGUUUGUUCCGCGGGAUCCGACGCGCCCCGAGGAGUCGCGGUCGGGUUCGUUUUCGACCCCAAAGCGAAGUGCGAUCCGCCGUGCGAACACGCAGGAGUCUGCAUCCGCAACAACACAUGCUUCUGCUCCAGGGGCUAUGAAGGAGAGACCUGCCAGUAUGCCAACUGUUAUCCCAAAUGUAAGAAUGGAGGAGAGUGUCUUCGCCCUGGAAAAUGCAGAUGUCCUCCUGGAUAUGGAGGAAGAUACUGUCACAAAGUGACAUGUGAUGGAGGAUGCUGGAACGGAGGAGAAUGCACUGCUGUCAACGGAGUGGCCAAGUGCAUCUGCCCCUCAAGCUGGACGGGCUCAAAAUGCCAAGAGGCAAUUUGUCCUCAAGGCUGUCGAAACGGGGGAAUCUGUGUGGCUCCAGGAAUCUGCAGCUGUCCGGAGGGAUGGCUGGGCGGUGCCUGCCACACUGCUGUGUGCACUCUGCCCUGCCUGAACGGAGGGAAGUGUAUUUCUCCCGACAAAUGCCGCUGUCGCCCCCCUUAUUCUGGCCCUCGCUGUGAGGAGAGGAAAAAGUCUCACUAGUGUGACCCUGCUGGUGUCAGAGGUCAGUGGAGCCAAAUCAGGGACUUUAUGGUUAUGAGGACAGUUACCUUUUUUUUUAGCUCAACAUUAGUAGUUUUUGCAUUUUUAUCAUGUGAUAUGUUUUUUUGGACCUGUCUAAUGUUCUCAUUUGACUGUGCAAACAUGCUGUGUACUGUACUGUACUGUAAUUUGUGUCAUUAAAUGAAUAAAAGAGUGAAUUGCA